CCGCGGACCCUGUCUUCAUUCUCUCGGGAUAGGGUUUCUCAACGGUCAUCUCCCCUCCAUAUCUCUCUUUCUCUCUAUCUCAGUCUGUCUUCUGUUAACGCUAGCUCCUAGCGUCCCAGCAGUAGUAAUGGGAAAAAAGAAACCUAAAGAAGUCGAAUCUACAUCCCAGAAUGACGUCGCUACGUCUCCAUCCAACCUAUUCAAAAACCUUUUUGGCGCUGCAAACGUUGAAAGCACCCCCGUCUCGUUCCUCUUCUCCGAAGAGAACCCCUUCCGAAGAAAGCCACGAGAACCCGCCUCCGCUAAGAACUCUGAAGAUGCGCACUCUUUAGAUUCUGAGCUAAAGAUUGUCAAACGAAAGAGGGAGGAAAAGAAAACAUCCAACUUUGAUGUAGUUUCUGCGUCUGAGAAAGAAGAAAAACCAGCUGCCGACACUCCCAUGGUGGCCAAGAAAUCCAAGAAAGGGAAAUCGAGUAAUCUAGAAGAAAAUUUCCAUUCGGGACUCGUACCGAAUGGCACAUCAGGGAAAGAUGACGGAAAGGCUACUGUUUCGGAUUCUAAUGCUGUUAGCAAUGCAAAUCUACCUAUUUUAGACAACAAGAGGAGGAAGAAGAGAAAGAGGGAUGAGAUAGAGAAGGAGUACGAGGAAAGAAAGUAUGGCGUUUCGCCUCAAGAGGAGGAGCAGGUAAAAGCAAAGGGAGAAGUAUCAGGAGGGAAGAAGUUAGUGGGAGAGAAGAGGAAGAAAGUGGAUGAUGCAGCGGAUGCAAUGGUGUCCAAGGAAGGAUUUGACGACGAGAGCAAGCUUCUGAGGACCGUGUUUGUUGGGAAUUUGCCGCUGAAAGUUAAGAAGAAGGCACUGCUAAAGGAAUUCAGUAUGUUUGGUGAGGUUGAGUCGGUGAGGAUCCGCUCCGUGCCAAUUAUUGAUACUAAGAAAUCGAGGAAGGGAGCCAUAAUGCAGAAGCAAAUUAAUGAGCAUGCUGCAAGCGUACAUGCAUAUGUUGUUUUUAAAAGAGAAGAGUAUGCUGAGGCUUCUUUGGCCCAUAAUAUGGCUGUGGUUGGAGGAAAUCACAUCCGUGUUGACAGGGCUUGCCCACCUCGCAAAAAAUUGAAAGGGCAGAGUACUCCACUCUAUGAUAACAAUAGGACUGUCUUUGUGGGUAACCUCCCAUUUGAUGUAAAGGAUGAAGAAUUAUAUGAACUUUUCUCACGGAUUAGCAAUUUGGAAUCCAGUGUUGAAGCAGUUCGUGUCGUUAGGGAUCCUCACCUGAGUUUGGGAAAGGGUAUUGCCUAUGUUUUGUUUAAAACAAAGGAGGCUGCUAAUAUGGUCAUCAAGAAACGAAACUUGAAGCUUCGCGACAGGGAGCUUAGGCUUUCUCAUGCCACAUCAAAUUCCACCCCAACUAAGAGAAAGAAUCCUUCAGCAAUAUCAGAAGCAAAUUCGCCAGGCAAAAAGUUGGCAAUUGAGUCAAAGGACAAAAGAUCAACCACAAAAACUAGUCUGUCAUACCAAGGAUUGCGGGCAAGCAAGUCCAAUAUGAAAAAGAUGAAAAAUCAUCCAAAAGGCAUUGGACCGGUGCCAGUGAAAUUUAAAAAUGAGAAAAAAGAGAAGCCAAAAGAGUGGAAGCAGAAAAGGCCUGCAGUUGCUGCUAGAAAGGCAAAAACAAAAGCUACUAAGGAUGGUGGCACCCCAAAACAAUCAGGGGUUAAACGGAAGCUGGAUAGUCGAACGCCAGAGAGCUUUAACCAGAAAAAGAAGGUCAAGAGGUUUUAGGUCUUUAGCCAUAUCAAUCAUGUUGUAGUGUAGGGCAUAUAAUAAGAAAAGCUACACCUUAGCUUUCUGCCAAGAGGAUAAACAUGUCCUAUCUUAUUUAGAGUACACACUUGUUUGUCAACUAUGUAUCUGUAACAAGCAUGUCUUACAUCUUUAUGAGGAAUCUUUAGCAUGCAACCAUUUUUAUUA